AUGAGUCUUUGGCUCAAUAGCAAGAUUAUAUUACAUAUUCUUCUUGCUUCCAAUGGCAUUUUAGACGCUGUCAUGAAAAUCUCAGUAAUAUUGAUCUUGCAGAUAUUAGGAGUUUUGUUCCUCAAUAACGUCCUAGGUUCCUAUGCAGUAAGACACUAUACCUUCGAGGUCAAAGACACUUCGUACACAAGGCUUUGCAGCACCAAAAACAUAUUGACAGUGAAUGGGCAGUUUCCAGGACCAACGUUGUACGUGACCAAGGGUGAAACCAUCAUUGUUGAUGUCUAUAACCGAGCCAACGAGAGUAUCACCAUCCACUGGCAUGGAGUGAACCAGCCAAGAUAUCCAUGGUCGGAUGGUCCUGAAUUUAUCACUCAGUGUCCAAUAAAACCAGGUCACAAGUUUAGCCAAAAGGUCAUAUUUUCUGAGGAGGAAGGCACUCUGUGGUGGCAUGCUCACAGUGACUACUCCCGGGCCACAGUUCAUGGUGCUAUUGUCAUCAAUCCCAAGCCUGGAACUAACUACCCAUUUCCAAAGCCACACGCUGAAGUUCCCAUUAUAUUAGGAGAAUGGUGGAAACAAGACAUCGUUCAGGUUUACAAUGACUUUCGUACAAGCGGAGGGGACCCCGUGGUGUCUGAUGCUUUCACCAUUAAUGGCCAACCUGGUGAUUCUUAUCCAUGCUCCAAUUCUGAAACUUUCGAGCUGAGUGUUCGACAUGGCAAGACCUAUCUGCUUCGAGUGAUCAAUGCAGCACUGGAACAAGUUCUCUUCUUUGGAAUUGCCAAUCAUAAACUGACAGUGGUGGGAACAGAUGGAAGCUACAUAAAGCCUGUGAAAGUAGAUUACAUCACAAUCUCACCUGGUCAGACUAUGGAUGUUCUAUUAGAAGCAAACCAACCAAUAGGUCGCUAUUACAUGGCUGCCAAAGCAUAUUCCAGUUCUCCUAAUGUGCUUUUUAGCCCUUCAAACACCACUGCCAUCCUUCAAUACAAACGAAGCAGACACAAUAUGCCAACUUCAACAGUCCCUUCCGUGCCUUUGCUUCCAGACUCAAACGACACCAUCGCAACCACCGAGCAACUGAGCCAAUUCAAAAGCUUAGCAGACAAUAACCACCCCAUUGAUGUGCCAUUAGAAAUAAGCAACAAGCUUUUCUACACAGUGUCUGUGAACACCUUACCGUGUAAGAAUGGUUCAGCAUGUGCUGGUCCAAUUAAUGGCGAUCGUCUUGCUGCCAGUAUGAACAAUAUCAGCUUCCAAUUGCCUCCUGGGGCUAACAUCUUGCAGGCUUACCAUAACAACGUUGGUGGUGUCUAUGGGGACAAGUUCCCAGAUUUUCCGCCAUUGAACUUUGAUUUUACAGGAAACGAUUUGCCUCAGUUCUUGUUGACUCCGUCAGUGGGCACAGAGGUGAAGGUGCUUGAGUACGGAUCCACGGUGGAGCUUGUUCUUCAGGGAACUAAUGUGCUUACUGGAACAGAACAUCCUAUUCACUUGCAUGGAUAUAGUUUCUAUGUCGUAGGCUGGGGAUUCGGAAACUUUGACGAGCAAAAGGAUACUUUGAAUUACAACCUUGUUGAUCCUCCCUAUCAAAACACUGUGACCAUACCCAAAAAUGGUUGGGUCGCCAUAAGAUUCACUGCUGACAAUCCAGGUGUUUGGUUCAUGCAUUGUCAUUUGGAGCGUCACGUGACAUGGGGAAUGGCUAUGACUUUCAUUGUGAAGAAUGGUAACAAUCCUGACCAACAGAUGCUACCACCACCUACCGACAUGCCCAAGUGUUGA